UGUUGUGCCUGCCUUCUUCCGCUCUUGAACACUCCGGUAUCCAAGUUGUAUUUCGUUGCAUGUCUUCGCUGAAGUUUCAGUUCUUUCCGUGGGUUUGUUUGGUUUCAGUAAAAAACCCAGCCCAGGAUCACGCACUCUUGCUCGAGAAGUCAUCGCUCGCCCUCCAGUCCACGGGUUCAGAUGCUGAAAUGUAAUUGGGUGUAUGUUUCUCUGUUUUAUUUAGCUGAUAAUUUCGUACUAGUGGCCAGUGGGAGUAGGAUAAAGCCAGACCAGGGGAGAGGGAAAGGUUAGUCAGGUUUCAGAAUCAGUUUCUUGUUCUGUAUAUAAAUUUGUCCAUUAAUUUUUUUCAGUGUAUAUGUGCCUUUUCUACAUGAGAAAUGAUGCUGCCAAGACAUGUUCAAACUGUUCGCUAUAUGCUUGAGAGACUUAUUCCUGUGGCACAGCUUAGAGGUAUAAAUACACAUUUCUGUGUUUGGUACUCAACUCUGUCAGCUUGCAAUGAGCUUCCAAGAAACCUCAAAAUGUCUGAGAGGAAACCACUGGUGACAAGUUUUAAUGAACUAAAGCGCCAAGCUAGACGCAAGAGAAAGGAGAGACAAAAUGUGCAUGAGAUUCUUUUACAACCUCCUGAAAAUGGCUUGUUGGUUAAGCAAUUAAUUCCUAUUGCUCAUCAAGUUUAUGCUGCCAGAUCUGAACUAUUGUCCAGUGUUUCAAGACUUGUCAAGCACAUUGCUAUUUAUACAUGCAGCUUAUGUGGAGAUGUUCAUGUUGGUCAUCCACCACAUAAUAUUAGAACAUGUAAUGUUAGAGGAAGCCCAUCAAGCAAAGAACAUAGUUGGGUCAAAGGAGGUAUUGGCCAUGUACUGCCACUUGUAGAGUCAUUUCAUUUGUAUGAUAGAAUAGGGAGGGCCGUUUCACACAAUGAAAUGCUUGAAGUGGACCGAAUUCCAGCCAUCGUUGAAUUGUGUAUCCAGGCAGGUUUUGACAUACCUGAGUACCCUACCAGAAGAAGGGCCUUCCCUGUUUAUUGUGUUGCUGGUAGGAUAAUUGAUUUUGAGAAAAGAUUUCCAAAAGAAAUUUCACUUGGCAAAGAUAUAGAUGCAUGUGGGUUUUGGUGUAAGAAGAGAUUGAAUGAAGACACCAAUUCGUUAGCAAUGCAUGGUGAUGAUAUUCUAGCUAUUGCUGUCCGAGGCAUGAAAGCCUGGGAGAAAAUGUGCACAGGAGCUUCAAAACUUAUGGACACAUAUGCUUUCCAAACAUGUGGAUAUUGUCCAGAGGUACAAGUAGGACCUAAAGGUCACAGAGUACGAAAUUGUCAAGCUUUCAAACACCAGAUGAGGGAUGGGCAGCAUGCAUGGCAGGAGGCUACAAUUAAUGAUUUGGUACCUCCUGUAUACGUCUACCACAUUGGAGAUCAGCAAUCCGGGAAGCCUUUGGUACAUGAGCUUAAAAGGUACUAUGGUAUGCUGCCUGCGGUGGUUGAGCUAUUUGCACAGGCUGGGGCGACAGUUGAAAAGAAUUAUGCACAUUCAAUGAGGGAAGAUGUUGUCGUCCCUGAAAUGGACGAGGAAAAGUUGGUUGUUUAAAUCAAUUGGUUGAAUGACUUCCUAUGAAUGGAGGAACCAUUUAGAUAUGGAAGAGGCUAAAUAUUAAAAAUUAAGCUUUAAUUUCUUUCAAAUAGUAACAAGUUGUUUAUGCUGGGAAAGAAGAUGAAGGAUUUGUAAUUUGGUUAUUAGGAUAGUAAUAGGAUGUGAAUAAGAAAGAAAAUUGGAAUAAACAAUCUAGUGUUCUGUUGGCAACUUAAGGUGUUGUCUUGAUUAUAUGAAACACUUCUGUUUGACACGCACCGGAGACCAAUAAACUUGGAUUCCUUUGUUGAGAACA